AUGUCACAACGACAAAUUCCAGGCCCUCAGCCGCGCGACGUGCCUAGAAAUGCUCCUUCUGCGUUUGGGAGGAGCGCAGCAGCGGCGGCAGCAGCGGCUGGUGCUUCACGAUUCUCCGACAAGGACUUGGCCGCUCUCGACGGCGAGACGGAGCACAUCACCUCUGUCCGUCUUGAUGGCUUAGCUCUCACAAAGAUUGUCAAACACAGCAAGGACGCUCAUCCCCACCAAGCUGCUGGAGCGCUGUUGGGUCUUGAUAUUGGCGGCGCCCUUGAGGUUUCCAACGCUUUUCCUUUGCCUGCUUCUUCUCUCAAGAGUUCGGGCGGCGAUGAUGAGGACAUCGAGAAGAGCGCAAAGAGCGGUGAGUGUCAGCGCGCUUGAAUGCGAGAAAGCAGUCUCGAAGCUGCCUGGCCGUCGCAUAUUGCGACAAGCAAUAGCAGAAUCCUUGGAGCUCGUCGAGUCUAUCGAUGGUUGGUGGACAGUGGCUGUAGCUUCACUAGAAGGGCGAAGUGUGCAUCCAUUGGUUUCGCACACGACACUGAAUCGACCUGCCUUCUCUGACCAGCCGCUCGCUACACCGCAUCCAUGGUGAAGCUAAUGAGAGACGUAAAUGCGGACGCGAAUCCGGUAGGCCUAUAUCAGAGCUGCUUCUUGGGCAGCUUCCUGCAGACGCCCAUCGUCGAGGGCCUCUUCUCCGUUGCUGGAUUGCUCGAACGUGAAGGGCCUCACGGAAGAGGCAAGGGAGUGCUCGUCGUUCACGGUGAGUCGUAAACCGGCUGGCAGCCCGAUCGCAGCGUGUUCGCGUCUCGCUGACCGCGUGUUCUUCUGCUGCUUCGUACCUCAGACCUGGCGCAGUCCGCUCAAGGCAACACUGUGGUGAAGGCUUACCGCCUCGCCCCUUCGUUCAUUGAGGCGCAUCGCAAAAAUGCUUUCACAGCUAGCGGGUGAGCAAGCUGACCCCGAAGCUCUAGAACAUUUGUGCCAAUUAGCUCGACUUACCUGUUUGCCCCCCGCACAGUCUCAUCGAGCACCGCCUUACCUUCUCCAACAUUCUCACCGAAAUCCCAGUCUCUUUGCACAACACUGCGAUGCUUUCCUCUUUGCUGUCUACUCUCUCGACGCCAGCCGCGCCUACGCCGGGCUCUCUCGAAAGCUCCACCGCGUACCAGCUUGCACACCCGCCCACAGCAGCCAUUAGCUCGCCGCACACAUUGCUGGCUCUCACGCAUACACCCGUACUUUCCUCGGCGCUCGAGUCCACUCUGGAAGCUCUGGACGACUACGCUGCAGAGAAUGGCAAUGUGGGCUACCAGAGCCGGCAGCUGGCUCGAGAGAAAGCCAGACUGGAGGCGCAGAUUGCCAGAAAGCAAGCAGAGAAUGUGACUAGAGAAGCGCAGGGAUUGACGCCUCUGCCCAUCGAGGAGAAGCUCAAGCUUGGAAACGAACCGAGCAGGUUGGAGAGCACCAUGCUGCUAGGUCAGCUCGACGACAAGGCGCGCAGGCUAGCCGAGAUUUGCGCCACUACCGCCGUGCAGCUCAACGCCAGCCGGACCGGUGCCAUCUAG